AUGGCCUUGCCCAUCCCUAUGCGCUGCCUCGCUUGUGCGCUUGGCUUCGUGGCGGCCGAGAUGCGGAGCGACGACUUCCCCCAUUACGGCCUUGGCACCAUCCCGGCUUGGCAGGACCUGGCCUCCCUUCGUGGUGCCCGCCCGGACGCCCAGGUUCUGGGCAAGGCGGAGUACCACCGCCAGCUGAGGUCCCUGGACAUCCAGCAGCUUUACAGCGCCGUCGCCGCACUCAUGGCCACCUCGAAGUCCUACUGGCCGGCAGAUGGCCCGCAGGACGGUGAUGUGGCCAGCUACGCGGGCCUCUUUGCCCGACUGGCCUGGCACUGCUCUGGGAGCUUCCGCAUGAUCAACGACACGCAUGCGGCCGGGGGCUGCGAGGGCGCACGCCAGCGCCACUGGCCGGAGAACGAGUGGCGCGACAACACCAACUUGGACAAGGCCCGCGGGCUCUUGGCCGAAGUGAAGCUGCAGUUCGGCGACCAAGUGAGCUGGUCCGACCUCAUGACCUUCGCAGGCACCGUGGCCAUCAAAGCGAGUGGCGGACCAGCCAAGAAGUUCUGCUUCGGGCGCCUGGAUGAUGUGAAUGGUGAUCGUUCUCUCCCUUUGGGUGUCGAGGGCGUGGCCCAGUGCCGCGGCAGCAAGUUCUGCAAGUCCAACUUCGAGUGCCCCAACACCUUCCGUUGGUCCGAGCAGAACGACACGGAUCAUGCCCGCUGCAAGAUCGAGCAGCCCGGCCGCCUCCAGGCCAGCCACUCCGUGGGCCUCAUCUACGUCUACCCCGAGGGCCCGGAGCUCAAGACCAGCGCGGAGGACUACAAGGCCUACCGGGUGCACAACCGCUCGCCGAGGCUCAGUGCCCUGGAGGUGCGGGACACCUUCCGGGAUCGGAUGGGCUGGACCGACCGUGAGACCGUCGCCCUCAUCGGCGGCGGCCACACCUUGGGCCGGACCCACGGCAACUGCAACCUCACUGGCACCAAAUGGGCGCAGACUCCGUACAACAAUGUCGGACCUUACUUCGAGGCCUCGGCGGGAAGCCUCCGCGGGCCCACGGAUGGCACCUGUGGCACAGGGCCACAAGCGGGCUUUGGCAAGCACACCGUGUCCUCGGGUUUCGAGGGUCCUUGGACACGCAGCCCGUCGCGCUGGAACUAUGACUUCUUCGAUGCCCUGCUGUCGGAGGAGUGGGUGCCUGCAAAGAGCCCGUAUGGCAAUGACCAGUGGCACACCGGCAACCAGACCAGCAAGUUUGCCAAGACCAUGCGCCUGACCUCGGACAUCUCGCUCGUCGCGGACGAGACCUACCGCCCGAUCGUCCAGGAGUACGCCGCCGACCAUGCCCUGUUCGACGCGGACUUUGCUGAUGCCUGGUUCAAGCUGGUGCACCGAUCCGAGGAUCACCCCCACAAGGACGACCUGGAGAAGGAUGCUGGGGUCUGCACCGACUUUGGGCACUUGCCCCCACCCGGUUGUGAAGUGUACAGCCCCGGGGGGUGCAUGGGCCUCCUCGCCAUAAUUGUGGGCGCGACGUGGAAUCAAAACAUGAGGGAGCAGUUUGCGUGGAGCGAGGAGGACGCAAGGAUACGAUGGCUGACAUAUCCGGCACUCUGCCUCACCGCCACCCUGACAGGCCAGCCAAUACAGCUGGACUUGUGCGAUGCCCCUGCUGCCUCCUUCGAUGCGGCUGCGCAUGGUACGAAGGCAAUCUGCACCGCUGAAGGCAUCUGCAUGACCGUGGAGGCAUCUACUGCCCGAGAUGGAACUCCAGUGGUUCUGGGGGAGAUGGAAGCAGCCGAGAUACUACAUCCUUCAGGAGCCUGGUUGUUUCAGACUGGCCUUCCCUGUAGCGGGGCGACCUUCUGCGCCCCGCUGGCGAACUGCUACGAGAACUGCCGCGUGAGCGGCCAGUACGACAAGGCAUGCUGGCAGACUUCUUGUUGCCCCAGUGGGACGGAGACCGUGUACAACAGCUCCAACUUCAACUACUAUGCCUGCACCUUCACAGGUAACCCCUGCAUGGACCGGUGCAAUGGGUGGUUCCAAUCCCGCCGCUGCGCAGACAGCAGCCAAUACUGCCCGCUGCUGGCGAACUGCUACCAGGCCUGCUGGUACUCCCACAAAGUGGGGAGCUGCCAAGACUACAAGGGCUGUCCGGCGGGGGCCCACGCCUACAACGACUCCUCUGCUUCCUUCUACGCGCUGGAGCAUUCGGAGAACAGCUGCCUGAUGCGCUGCAACUUGGAGCAUGCGCCCUUCGAGUAUUGCAGUGGCCGCUCCUUCUGCCCGCAGCUUGCCCGCUGCUACGAGGACUGCUUCGGCCGCGGCCGCGCGCCGGCGCGAUGUCCGGGAGACUGCUGCCCUGUGCUGCAGCAAGGAGGCCAACCUGGUAGAGAGCCCAGCUACGACGACCCUGGCGGGGGCUACUACCGCUGCGAGACCGGCAACUCUUGUCUGGAGCGCUGCAACGGGCGUUUCGCAGCCGAGGAGCCCGGCUCCCUCCAGAGUCGUCACGUGCCGAGAGUGGAGGCUUCCACGCCGGUGCGGCCCGGGACGGCCCCUUCUGGGGCUGCCCUAUCAAAAUCGCCGCUGGCCUCCGCCAUGCUCCUCGUGUCCAUCCUGGUCAUCCUCCUGGUACUGGGCCUUGCCGUCCUGAACCAGAGGAAGCAGAUGCCCUUCUGGACUGGGUCUGUCGGCAGAUAUCUGCAACGGCAACGUCUCGACUGCCUCCCCACGGCGGAUGCGGACGCGGGCGGGCAGGAGGAGGCGGAACUUAUCCUUUUUCGCGCCCAAGCCGAGCGUUUCUCGGAGGAGGCCGCAGACCCUGCCGCCGCGAGCUCCACAGCGUGA